GAGAAUUCACCAGAUCGUACAGCCUAAGUUCUAUGAAUUCACUGGAUUUUGAGCCUCUUUUAACCUAUAGAAUCCAAGAUUCAGCGAGUAUGCAGUAUGUCAAGCUUUUACGCAAUAAAGAUUUUAGGAUGAUAACCUGCUGGCAGGCAGAUUAGUAACAGAACAUUGGAGAGUCUGCGCUGAAAAGAGGUUCAGAAAAGAGAAAGGAGCAGUUUGAGUAUCAGCAUGCUUGAAUAAAGAAGGAGAAACUGGAUUGACCAAAUCAUGAGUUCCACGUAACACCUGAAGAGGGUGCUCUACAGAAGUUCUAGCUCCAGGUGAUGGAAGACACAUUUCUUAACUGCCUUGCUCUGAGAACUGAUGCCUGAACCACCACAGCAUGGCCAGUAGAAGAAGAGGUGGGCAUGGCCAGCCUCCCUCAGUGACGCCCUCUGAGUUUAGCCCUCGAAGUCUUUCCACAAAUAGGACCUGCACCCACAGUAUAUGCAUGGUGUCUGACUUUUUCUACCCAAACAUGGGAGGUGUGGAAAGCCACAUUUACCAGCUCUCUCAGUGCCUCAUCGAGAGGGGGCACAAGGUCAUAGUUGUCACCCAUGCUUAUGGAAAUCGAAAGGGCAUCCGUUAUCUCACCAAUGGCCUCAAAGUUUAUUAUUUGCCUCUCAGAGUCAUGUACAACCAAUCUACAGCCACAACUCUCUUUCACAGUCUGCCAUUGCUCAGGUACAUAUUUGUUCGGGAGAGAGUUACCAUAAUCCAUUCCCACAGUUCUUUUUCUGCCAUGGCCCAUGAUGCUCUCUUCCACGCCAAGACAAUGGGGCUUCAGACAGUCUUCACGGACCAUUCCCUUUUUGGAUUUGCUGAUGUCAGCUCGGUGCUUACAAACAAGCUUCUAACUGUGUCUCUCUGUGACACAAACCACAUCAUUUGUGUCUCUUACACUAGUAAGGAAAACACUGUACUAAGAGCAGCGUUGAAUCCUGAAAUAGUGUCCGUCAUUCCUAACGCUGUAGACCCUACUGACUUCACUCCAGAACCAUUUAGGAGGCAUGAUAGUUUAAUAACGGUUGUUGUUGUCAGCAGACUUGUUUACCGAAAAGGGACUGAUUUGCUUAGUGGUAUAAUACCUGAACUCUGUCAGAAAUAUCAAGAAUUAAAUUUCCUAAUUGGAGGAGAGGGACCAAAGAGAAUUAUUUUGGAAGAAGUACGGGAAAGAUAUCAACUACAUGACAGGGUGCAACUUUUGGGCGCUUUAGAACACAAGGAUGUUAGAAAUGUCUUAGUUCAAGGACACAUUUUUCUUAACACCUCCCUCACUGAAGCAUUCUGCAUGGCAAUCGUGGAAGCCGCCAGUUGUGGUCUGCAGGUGGUCAGCACAAAGGUCGGUGGGAUUCCUGAAGUCCUUCCAGAAAAUCUUAUUAUAUUAUGUGAGCCAUCAGUCAAAUCUUUGUGUGAAGGCCUGGAAAAAGCUAUUUUCCAAGUGAAGUCGGGGACAUUGCCAGCUCCAGAAAAUAUCCACAAUGUAGUGAAGUCUUUCUACACCUGGAGGAAUGUCGCAGAGAGAACUGAAAAAGUAUACGAGCGUGUGUCGAAGGAAACUGUGUUGCCAAUGCACAAGAGAUUGAACAGGCUUAUCUCUCAUUGUGGCCCAGUGACAGGCUACAUUUUUGCUUUGUUGGCAGUGAUCAGCUAUCUCUUCCUCCUUUUCCUGCAAUGGAUGACUCCAGACUCUAUCAUUGAUGUUGCAGUAGAUGCUACUGGGCCAAGGGGAGCCUGGACUCGUCAAUAUCCCCAUGAUAAGAAAAGUGAUGAGAAUGCCAAGGUAUCCAAAAGCAGGUAGAAGUAAGCCCAAGUCCACAAGUCCUAGACACUUGCAGUACUCCUGUUAGCAUUUGAAAAUUACCUUUUUCUUUUGUUUUGGGGUUUCAGAGUUGGUUUAGUAAAUUAUGCUACCUCUAUAUCAUUCACUACUUUUGUUUCUUGAAGAAAGAUAAACACUUAUGCAAUUCCUGAGUGUGGAAACUCUUUGCACUUCUUAAAAAUUUGGGGGAGAAUGGUUUAGCCACUCAGGUAUGACAUUUUUCAGAUUACUGAGAUCCCUCUAGCAGAGAUGUUUUAACAUUAUAUUUUGGGAGCCUUGGGUGCUGAAAGGCCAAAUGUUUCUGGAUCUGUUUUGGCCAGUUUUUAACAUAAUACCAUUAAUUCACAUUUACCAGAUGUUUACAAGCUUUCUUUAGGGAGGUACAACAGUUAGUGAACUGUUUUAAGUCAAAUGCAUGUAUCCUUCAUUGGACAUUGAAGUCAUGUUCUGGAUACUUACUGGGUCCACUCAAGCAUUACAUCUAAACUGAUUUCUUGAGCAAGACUGUUGAUUGCCAGCAUGUUUGCACCUGCUGUGUAUGAAAGUUGAACUAGAUGCUUGCUGAGACUAAGGACUAGUGAACAAGAAGCGGUAAAACAGCAAACAUGCCAAAAUGCUCAAGCUACUGAAUGUCAGAAAAUCAUCACUGGCAUACUCCAAGUACCUCUCUGAACCUGUUUUAUGCAUUCUCCUAGAAAGAGCCCU